AUGCUUUCUACUCUAUCCAUUCUAGCUCUUGCUCUUGCUAUUCAAGCAGCUCCAGCUCCAAGAUUCUAUACGAAUGCCUCGGUAGCGGGCCCUUCAGUAUUCUCUGCUCCAGCAAUCCACAAUGAAAACUAUGUCCGCAAUGGCACACUUGCCUUGCUCAAAGCAUAUGCAAAAUAUGGCCUGACACCUAGUCAAGAAUUCUCUCCUGAGUUCCUGGCCGAAUUGAGCCAGAGAAAACAGAAGCGUCAGGAUAGCAGUGCUCCAGCAUCUCCUUCAAAUGGGAUUGAGUAUCUCGUACCCACUUCAGUUGGCGGGCAAACUUUGAAUCUAGACUUUGACACUGGAAGUGCCGAUCUAUGGGUCUUCUCUACCUCCUUGAGCGCAGCUUAUCAAAGAGGUCACAACGUCUUCAGCACUGCUAAGAGCGCAACCUACAAGCCUUUGACCGGAUACACAUGGCGGAUUAGCUACGCAGAUGGCAGUGGCGCAAGUGGCACUGUCGGGACAGACACCGUCACUGUUGGAACCACAUCUGCCAAGAACCAAGCUGUUGAACUCGCCUCGAGAGUAUCUUCGACUCUCGUGACGGAUGCUUCUGACGGCGUGCUCGGCCUUGCUUUCAGCAGUAUCAACACCGUCAGUCCUGCCCCGCAAAAGACCUUCUUCGACAACGUCAAAGCCUCCCUCCAAUCCCCCCUCUUCGCCGCCUACCUACCCUACAAUAAAAACGGCGCAUACGACUUCGGCGCCACCGUCGCUUCACGAUAUAGUGGUACCAUCACUUACACAGCAGUCAACAGCGCCAACGGCUUCUGGCAGUACCCAAGCACCACUGUGAAGGUCGGCAGCACAACACACUCCAUCGGCACCGGUUCCGUCGGUAUCUCCGACACAGGAACGACCCUCGUCCUCAUGGUCGACAGCGCCGUCACUGCCUACUACUCUCAAGUCGCUGGCGCUUCCUACGAUUAUCAACAAGGCGGCUACGUCUUUCCCUGCGCAGCUACUCUGCCCACUUUGUCUGUUGCUAUCGGCCCAUCCGCUUACGCUACUAUCCCAGGCUCGUUGAUCAAGUUCCAGAGCCUGGAUGGGACGACUUGUUUUGGUGGUCUGCAGAGUGCGGGGACGGGAAACCAGAAUAUCUAUGGUGAUGUUUUCUUUAAUGCUUUUUAUGCGGUUUUUGAUGCAAGUGGACCAAGAUUCGGGUUUGCGCCUCUGGUGUAGAGGUGUG